AAUACCUUCUAACCUACUUUAGUGUUCUUAUUUUGGCGGUUGAUAAAUUACAUUGCGAGUACAAAGUAAUCUAAUAUAACAUCUUAUAUAAGGUCACGUUCGCCGUAAAUGUUCCCAGUAAAUUUUAGAAGUUGACACAUGUUUGACGUUGAGAGACAUAUGUCAGAUAUAUAAAUAUAUUUCAGUUUUUCAGUUCCAUACCAAAAAUAAACUGUAAAUAAAACAUUUUAUCACUGAUUUAUACGCGGUGAAGCAUUUUUUGUAAAAUAUAAUUCAGUUCUACUUAUAAAAAAAUGGUUUUUAAUCCGGUAACCCACGUACUUUUUGAUAUGGAUGGGCUUAUACUUGACACUGAAAAGCUAUACACAGUAGCAUUUCAAAAUAUAGUCUCCCGCUAUGGAAAAGAAUUCACGUUUGAGAUGAAAUUAAAACUUAUGGGGACUCAGGCACACGAGGCCGCCCAAAUGUUAAUAACGGCUCUUGAUCUACCGAUGACAGUCGACGAAUUUAUAACUGAAAGCAAGGAGCAGUUUCAAAUGUUGUUUCCUGAUACAGCAUUAAUGCCAGGUGCUAAGAGACUAAUAGAACAUUUCCAUAAACAAAACAUUCCAAUUGGCCUAGCAACAAGCUCUAGUGAGGAAGGUUACCAUUUAAAAGUUGAUAAACAUCACUCUGACCUCUUCUCUUUGUUCCCGCAUAAAACAUUUGGGUCAUCGGAUCCAGAAGUGAAAAGAGGAAAGCCAUAUCCUGAUAUAUUUCUAGUUGCUGCAGCCAAAUUUCCAGAUUCACCAAAACCUGAACAAUGUCUAGUGUUUGAAGAUGCAAUCAAUGGUGUGAAAGCAGCAAGGGCUGCAGGUAUGCAGGUUGUAAUGGUACCAGACCCUCGGAUGGACAGAAGUCUGACAAAGGAAGCCACUUUAGUUAUAGAUAGCUUAGAAGAUUUUCAACCACAACUAUUCGGAUUACCUCCAUUUGAGUAAAUAUCUGCCUCUACUAAUUGUAUGUACUUAAAU